UGUACCGUAACUUUGUUUUAGCAAGCAACUGCCAUGAAAACAUACGGUCUUUUUCUUGUCGGCUUGGCUUCUCUAGCCACCGCUGAUGUCAAACUCACAAGCUCAGGCUGUGCCGACGCAUCAGGGCUCGAAAAGUGUCAGGCUUCAGUCAACAAGAAGACAAGCAGCUGCAUUGCUCAAGCUCGCCACGAUAACAGCCAGCUAGAACUCCUCGCAUGCGGCUGUCAGGACUAUGUCGACAACUUCAACUGCUACGCGGCUUCUUGCUGGAACAGGGUCUGGGAAUGCGAGUAUCAGGAGUACAUGGUUUCGUACUUCAUGAACUGCGCUACUGCCAAGCAACCAGUUCCCUACUUCCCCGCUCCCAAGAAUGCGCCAGGCGCUUGCUCUUGUAACGUUGGACAAGUCUAUCUCAACAUACAAGAUGCCAUUCAGCAGACGGCGACGUGUUCGAACAAUGCUGAUUCAGGCGAUGCGGGAAGCAAUCUGCAGCAAAUAGAGGGUUGCAACUGCUGUGAGAUCAGUGGAGCUCUAUCAAGUAUCGUCGAGAUUUGCCCCAAGACGGACCCCAACCUCAUCGGCCUGAAACAAAUAUCCAGCCUCGAGUCCGAGCUGAACGUCGACUACAAAUCCUGCGGGUCAUACAUGGAGACAUACGAUUGUUCAUCCAAGCUGUCAUUUUCUUUGGAAGGUGUCAGCACUUAUUACAAGCCUGAUGAUCCCCUCAAGACUGGUACCGCCACCUUGAGCAACAGCCCGGGCUCCGUCACGGCACCGGCCAGUGGAAAGGUCUUUUCGUAUACCAACGGAGGCGAUGGAACUGUCUACACUAUUACCGCCGCUGGUGUUGGCAAGGACAGUUCUGAUAGCAAGGGGAGCUCCGAUAGCAAUGGUGAUUCAGGUGCCAGCGACAACUCAUCGAGCUCUACUGAUACUGCGACUGGGGAUAGCAGUAAGGCUACUGAGAGCUCCAAGAAGAAUGGAGCGGACAAAUCGGCGGGUGGGAGGGGGUUUAUAAUGGGACUGCUGCUAAUUUCCACCCUGAUAAUUAUGUAUUAA